GGGUGGAGAGAAAAGAAGCUACGUGAGUAAAUUCUGAAGAAAGAGCUCCUCGAGAUAGUUCCUACCUCGCAUACGAAGGAUGUUGUGCUUACUAUAACUUCUAAGCUUUCUCAUCUGUACACUACAGCAUAACGUUCGCAGAAAUGUCCUCACAAAGCCCUCUUGAAGUCUACGAAUCGGCGAUGACGAAUGAAAAGAGGCCAUGCAGAGAGCUAGCAAGUUUCGAAGCGCAACCGCCCUUGUCUGCCUCGCUCGCAUCAUGCGGCUACGGGAUCGUGUCGGGGAGGUUACGCUCCAACGCUGAGAAUGCGCUUCGACCAAUGCUACUAUCUUGCGGAAUUAUAAUCAAUAAUUCGAAAUUCGUCGAAAUUCGCUCUGAAGGUGUAUCAGAGGAUGAUGAUGCCGCUUAUGUCAACUGGUUCGACCCAGAUCACGGACUCAUAAUCUGUAGUGAGAACUACAAGUCGAGAGAUCGACACACUGGGGCCAAGAUGAUUUGGCCGUCAAAUGUUCUCUGGCAAACCUGGAAAAGCACCGCUUUGGAAGCCGGAAAGCGGGCUUCAGACCUUCGUGCAAUCGUUCGUCAGACAAUCAUCAAUGAAGAAUCAAAAAUUGCCAUAUGGCAAGCUUCAAAGCAUUCGUCGUUCUCAAGAAUCGAGAACCAUGACCACGUCGAGUACACCAGCCUAGACAAUGGCUUUUAUGCCAUCUUGGGUACUCCAACGGAGCCAGCACGAUGCGGAUGCUUCAUGACCACAAACAGAAUUGAGUCACCCCAUCGUCGAGAAGGUUCUGGUUUUCGGGAACGAAACCCUUGAGAUGGAAACGCCAGAGACUCGCAGCAUUGCAAUCAUCCUUUCCGAUCGUCGAAGCCCUCCGUCCCUCCGUCCCAUUCCCGUUUCGUGAUGAAUAAUGCGAGAUGUUGUCGCAUGCUGUUUUGGAAUGAGCAUCCACCAGCCAAGACACUACAACUCGUCGACAGCAGAGCAAAGGGAAUUCUAUAAGCAGAUGUAUGCUGCCGUACUGCCGAGCGUCAGGAUUCAAGCUCAUCGGAGGGCCUGGCGGAGGUGGCACCAAGCAAAGAUAUCAGAAUACCCGGUGGCACCUUCGUGCCACUACACCCACAUGUGGCUAAACUACCUAAU